AUGCCCAAGCAGAGCCAAGAGCAGGUAUUAGGCAUCCGCAAUACAUUACUAACCGAGGAAUUAGAAAAGGUUGUUAACAAGCAAAUGGCUCAUGGGCCUUGUCAAUAUGACAACAAUCCUCCUUCAUAUCCAGAUAAGAUUCCCAACGUUUAUGGUAGAGACAUGUACCUGAUUGAGGUGCCCGCUUUUGACUUCCAUAGGGCACUCGCAUAUUGCCAAAGGGCCGUACAAGAGUUAGCGCUCAAAAACAAGUUCUUCCAUGAUGAUCAAAAUCAAAGGCAGAGGAACAUGUGGAACGUCCACUAUCCAAUUAUCGAUACGGAACGCACAACCGAAUCGACGCUUCUGUCAAUCUCCUGUCAAUCGUCUGUCAAUCGCCUGUUCAUCGCCCAUCAAUCGCGAAAAAAGCAGUAUCUUGGCUGUGUCAAUCAAGAAUCUCUGGAAAUUAUUACCCAAAUGAAAAGACAUGUGAAGAGAUAA